AUGCUAUACGGAGUUAUUUACAUGGAAGCCUGUGUUGUCAUCAAAGAAUCUGAUUACAAGAGUUUGCGCUGUCCACGUCUCCAACAUAUCAAAUCGUGUCAGCCAGGCAGACCAGUAUUCGAGAUCACUGACAAUUCUGAUUUGGUGGAUGUGAGAAUAUCCAACAAAAUCGAAUUCCAAGACGGUGAGGAUGUGAUCGUCGUCAGGGGAAACGCGAAACUUCCACCAUCUACAACCAACAAACUGAAGAAUAUCUGCCCUUACUGUAACAUCGUUUCCGACUAUUCCAAAUGUAGCAGUAUAGUAUCUAUCGGAAGCGUAAGCGAGCUCCUCGAGCAAUGUUCUGGAGAGUCAUCCAUUAUCGGGAAACCUGGCCUAACUCUAGACUACAAUUUCACAGAAACCGAGAUAAAUCGACUAUUUUCUGGUGCGGAGGAAAUCCGAUUGUGUCUUGUCGUGCGGGGAACACAAAUCACCAACCUGGUAUUCCCAAAACUGAAGCGAUGGAAAACUUGUUCACCUGGUGAGCUUAUCGUAGUCCGAGCGAACACCAUCAGUUGA